AUGUUGAAAACCAUUUUUCAUAAGGUGUCAGAAAAUGGAGACUUGGUACUGGAACUCUUGCUUGCCAACUCCCAGCUGUCUAUGGUGUACAGGGGUCAGGCUGGCAUUGCUACAGUUACCUGUCGAGAAAAGAUUCCUCAGAGAACAUGGAUUCACCUUGCCAUUCAGGUUUAUAAAACCAGUUUGAGUUUUUAUAUCAAUGGGGUCCAGCCAGGCUUUAUACCUGUGGAGACACUUGUCCUUGCCAGUCAGGUCAAGGACAGUGUUCAAGGUCAAAGCAGAAUAGGACAAAGCAUCACAGGUACAAAUCAGUUUUUAGGACGGCUCCAGGAUAUCAAGUUUUUUGCAGGGACACUGACUAACAGAGAAAUUCAAGAGGUGUACAGUGGAAGCCUUCCAAGUGUCCGAGUUCAGUCUGAAUGUAGGUGUCAGGCCUCACACCCCAGAAUCAAGCCCCAAAUGGAGCACUACUGCAUUGCUAAUGGAGUGGAUGAUGCCGAUAACAACGCUGUGCUCCGACUCAACUCGGAGGCUCAUAAUCUCGAGUUCCUGAAUGACGGAGACAGUAACACAUACUGGAUCUCACAGUUCCAGAACAAUAUAGAGCUCACCAUUGACUUGGAAGAUGAUUUUCAGGUGUUCUUCCUCAAUCUCCAAUUCUACAGUCCCUUCCCCAGGGCAGUCCUUAUUUCCCGUGAAUUGGAGGGGAGUUGGGAAGCAUGGCAGAUGUAUGCGACAAAUUGUCAGGAAUACUUUGGUCAGACAGACAAUGGCCCUCUCCCCCAGCCCGACUCGGUCAACUGUCUCAAGUUCAAAAGAGAUACAGAGAACACACACUACUCCAAGGGGAACAUUACAUUCAGCCUCCUAGCAGCUGAGCCAGUACAAAGACCAGGGAAGGAUGACUUUUAUGGUACCCCAAAACUGAAGGAAUUCAUACGAGCCUCAAAAGUCCGAGUCAAACUGCAGGAUCAUCAGCUGGUGACCAAUCUUCGACACGAGUACUUUGGUGUUUUUGAAUUCAUCAUUAAAGGAAGAUGUAACUGUCAUGGCCAUGCCUUUACCUGUGAUAGUAUCACUAGACCCUACAACUGUAGCUGUCUACCAGAGAGUUUUACACAGGGAAACAAGUGUGAGGAGUGCCAGCCGCUUUAUAACAACAAGCCAUAUCGUGAUGGUGACCUAGUUAACUCUUUUGACUGCAAGCCAUGUGAAUGUCACAAUCACUCAGACAGCUGUGUCUACAAUGGGACCCUUGACCUCUUCCCAGAUGACCAUGACCUGGGUGGAGGAGGAGUUUGUGUAAACUGUCAGGACUUUACCAGUGGUCAGUUCUGUGAAACCUGUGUCCCCUUAUACUACAGACCUAAGGGUAGGAGUAAAUAUGACCCUGAUGUUUGUGUUCCUUGUUUAUGUAGUGAAGCAGGGGUUGCAGGAGGAGAGCUGGAUUGUAAAAAGGAUGGAGGACAAUGUCAGUGUAAGGCCAACACAGGAGGUCGGCAGUGUGAUCUCUGUUUGCCAGGCUUCUUUAACCUUCUGACCUCUAACCCUGAUGGAUGUGAAAACUGCUCCUGUAACACAGAUGGCACACUCAAUGGAGAUGUGUCAUGUGACACCAAAACAGGCACCUGCAACUGUAAACAAAACACCAGAGGUGCCAAAUGUGCAGAUUGUGAGCAUGGGUACUUCAACCUGACUGCAGACAAUCCUGUUGGCUGUUCUCCCUGUGAGUGUAACCCCCAGGGCUCCACCUCCCAGUUCUGUGACCCUGUCACAGGUCAGUGUCAAUGUAAGGACCAUGUAACAGGACGCAAGUGUGACCAGUGUACAGACAACUACCAAAACUUUGAAUUCGGCUGCAAAGAGUGCACAUGUAACUCUCUUGGCACAGUUCCGGGUACAGUGUGUGACAAAAGAACAGGCCAAUGUGUUUGUAAAGAAAAUGUCCAGGGGCUGGCUUGUGAUGAGUGCAAAGACGGGAGUUUUGGAUUUGGAGGAUCAGCAACCAAAGGAUGCUAUGGAUGUAUCUGUAAUUUGGCCGGAACGAUUAACAGUUCCCUGGUUUGUGACAAAAUCUCCGGAAAGUGUGUGUGUAAGGAGAAUGUUGUAGGGACUAGCUGUAAUCAGUGCAGUGGGAACACAUUUGGACUCAGUAUGAACAUUACAGAGGGAUGUGAACCCUGUAAUUGUGAUCCCACUGGGACAAAGGGAGGUAACUCCAGUCAUCCUGAUGAUUUGUCAUGUGACCAGAACACUGGAGACUGUACUUGCCUGGCUAACAGGAUAGGGAGACGAUGUGACGACUGUGCACAAGGAUAUUUUACCAGACUGGAGCCAGGUGGUGGAUGUCAGGAGUGUGGGUGUCACUAUGCCAGUACAUACGAGCAAACAUCAUGUGACUCACUGACUGGACAGUGUCAGUGCAGGCAGAGCAACUCGGGGAUCACAGGGCGAACCUGUGAGGAGUGUCAGGAGGGAUUCUACGGCUUUAACUCAAGAUUAGGGACGUGCAGUGCCUGUGAGUGUGAGAUGGCAGGCAGCUUGAACUCCACUUGUGAUGUCAUCACAGGGAAAUGCUUCUGUAAACAGUUUGUGGAAGGUCGGAGGUGCGACACUUGUAUACCUGGAGCCAGUUACAUCAGCAGUGAAAACCCUUAUGGUUGUAGUAAAGAACCAGCACAACAACCUCCACCAGAGCACCAACAGAACAGUUCAACUGUACUGUGGCUCACUUGGAAGGAACCAGAUUACCCUAAUGGUGUCAUCAAAGAAUACAGACUCUUCAGAAAUGGAACACUGAUCUUCACAGGCAACUCUUCUAAUAUUAUCUAUGAAGAUUCCGGAUUGUCACCUUACACAAGAUACACCUACAUUGUGGAGGCGACCAAUGAUUUUGGAUCCGUCCGCAGUUCUCCAGUGACCUUCCGAACUUUACCAGGUCCCCCCACAGGUAUUGUCUAUGUGACUGUUAAGGAAAUUCAAGCAAGAACAGCUAAAUUGGCCUGGAUUUUUCCCGCAAAAUUGAAUGGACCAUUGGCCAACUUCAGUGUGGUCACUUUGAAACCAAGUCAACCCACUGUCCGAGAGCGACACUGGAUGGGGCUAGAUAAUAAGACCACAAUCACAGGACUGGUACCUUUUACUAACUAUACUGUGUAUGUUGUGAGUUGCAGUGAAGGAGGGUGUUUGGACAGUUGGCCUGUGGUAUUUAGCACUAAGUCAGCCCUUCCAACAGGAAUGGAAGCACCUAAUGUUACUAUGCUUUCAUCAUCCAAACUAAAUGUCACAUGGAAACCACCUGCUCAAGCAAAUGGAAUUAUAAUAUUUUAUGAGCUGUGGAUGAGAGGAUCAUUGAAAAAUGAUGGAACUAGGGAUCCGCAGGAGAAGAGGAUAUUCCACCCUAGUGGACAGUAUAAUCCCCGCCCAACUCGGUCCCCUCAGGAAAUAGCCCUACCCCCUCCAGAUACAAACUUCUUGGUGCAGGGUCUGGAACCUUAUGCAGUGUAUGAGUUUCAGGUUCUUGCAGAGAAUGAUAUAGGGAAGACAGCAAGUCCCUGGGUGUCCCAGAGAACUGGAGAAGCCACACCUGUUUCUACUCCCAUCCCCACAGUCUACUCUGUCAGUCACUCACAACUGGAGCUACAGUGGGAGCCUCCCUCAGAGGAGCAGGCCCGCGGAAUCAUUACAACCUACAGGGUGUAUUUCUACAGCAAGAAUGACCUCAGUAAAGAUCCCUUUGCUCCACAAUACAUGUGGAAGCUAGUUAGUGUCUCUGGUGGUGCCUCGAGGACCCAUAUGAUAGGGGGACUUGAUGCAUACCAGAACUACACUUUUAAGCUAGGAGCAUGUAACUCUGAGGGGUGUGUCAACUCUUCAGAGUCCUCUGGAACUACUCAGGAAGAUGUACCAGCUGGUCUGUUUAAACCCAAGUUCUUCAGUGUGAAUUCCAGCAUGAUCCGCUUGACAUGGCCGGAGCCUGCUGACCCCAAUGGCCCCUCCCCUCUGUACUCUGUGGAGAAAACUGUACCCUCCUUAAGCUUCCCUCCUUUGGUAGUGCAGGGAACCAGAUUUCCAGGAGGAGGAUACUACCUAUUUCCUCCUGAAAUUAUUCCACCUAAUGUAGCAUUUACAGGGAUCAGAUUUAAAUUCAAAACAAAGCGGAAAAAUGGUCUCCUACUAUUUGCUGCAUCAGCUGGGAGACAAGAUGAGUUCCUGGCUAUUCAGUUCAAGUCAGGAAGGCCCUGGUUUGUGUUCGAUCCACAAGAUUGUCCGAGCUAUGUGGAGAUAAGCCCUUAUACCGAUAACGACCGUUCAUAUGACGAUGACAAAUGGCAUAGUCUGAUUGCAAUACGAGAUAAUGAGCUGUCGAGAAUUGAGAUCGACCAAUACAAAGGGUGUCCCUCGUUUGUGACUCCGACCAAUGAUGAAGGACUACUAUAUAGCGACUACCGCUGGCAUGAGUUGAUCGCCACACGUGAUGAGCGAACGGCCUAUCUCUCUAUUGAUUCUAUUUGGAGAGGCACCAGAAGGAGUAGUUGUACCAUGGGGACAGUCAUCGGUCCCAGUACUGGGGUCUACAUUGGGGGACUACCCACAGAAUUUGUCAUUCGACGGACGGAGACAGACAGCCGCCUCAGCGUCACACGAGAGUCUUUCCAAGGUUGUAUUAAAGAUAUCCAGAUCUUACAGCAGAUGUAUCCAAAGGAGGUGUGGAAAACACUAGAUUGGGGACAGGCCAAGGCCAAUGAGCAGACCUUUCUAAACUGGGAAGGGUGUCCAAUUAACUUGGAGCAAGGUUACCAUUUUAUGGGUCAAGGUUAUAUGUCCAUGCCAAGUGAUAGAUGGAAAAUAAACAAUCAAUUCAUCCUGGAAUUCCACUUUCGUACAGACCUUGCAAGUGGGAUACUGUUCUUCACCCACGAAGGGGAGGGGAUGUACUACUAUAUAGCACUUAUUCAAAACAGCCUCUACUUUGAGUUUUCCAAUGGCAUUGCGACAGGUGGCGUAACCUUUCAGCGACCUGAUGUCAAGUUUUGUGAUGGAAACUGGUAUCGUGUGGAAGUUACAAAAACUGGUCAACAGGCUUCAAUUGCUGUCCAUGGUUAUGGAAAUGAGACGAGUGGAAAUGCCUCCCAUCCUCUCAGGGUGGCUGUUUCUGGAGACGUGUUUAUUGGCGGUGUGCCAGAGGCAUCUGAUGCUCGACAUUUCAUAGAAAGGAACAAGCUUAAUAUUCCCACAGAAGGUUUUGGAGGCUGUAUUGCAAACAUUGUGUUGACUUGGUUUUCACCAAUUUACUACAAUUUUGCACUGAAAGUGCUCGAAGAAUUGAAGAAUUUAGAAAAUGUCAACUUGGAUGGGUGUACACCCUUCAAUCUGCCAGAGGACACAUGUAAACGUGAUAUUGUAGGAAAUGUUUACAAUGGAACUGAGAGAGAAUUCAUAGACACUGAGCUUCAGCCUUACUCUGACUACCUGUAUCGAGUGCUGGCAAGUAACGAUGCUGGAACAGGACUUAGUCCGUGGGUCUAUGGCAAAACAAAAGAAGGAGCCCCCAUUGGAGUGAGGCCCCCUUAUAAUGUGAAGGUUCUGAGUGGGUUUGAGAUUUCAGCCUCCUGGUAUUCUCCUCAGUCUUCAGCAGGGCUCCUCUCCAAGUACAUACUAAGGGCCCACAACAUAGACAAGCCACAGGAACCCCCUGUGGAAGCAGUCUUUACUAAUACAGGUGUCUAUAGUGGUAAAAUUACAACAGCCAUACCUUACACCAACUACACAGUCAAGAUUGCCAUAUGUACAGGAGGGGGAUGUACAGAGAGCUCGGAGGGUGUCAAAGUCACUACAUCUGAAGAAGCUCCUGGAGAAGUACCUGCUCCAACUGCAGAAACAGGUACAUCAUACCUGCUAGUGAGAUGGAAACCUCCGGGCAUGCCCAAUGGUAUAGUGACUGGCUAUUUCCUGUAUAAAGAUGGAGUAGAGGUUUACAGUGGAGGAGGCUACUUCUAUAACAUCACAGGCCUCCAGGUGUAUACAGGAUACCAGGUAACAUUGCGAGCUUGCACCAGGGCAGGAUGUAGUGAUGGACCCACUACUAUGCUGAGUACCGCCCAGCUCCCUCCUUCCUUUAUGGAGGCCCCUACACUAGUAGUCCUUGGUAAUACAAGAGUUGAAGCUCGAUGGACUGAGCCUACUCAAUUGAAUGGAGUUCUACAGAGGUACCUGUUAUAUGUCUCAGUUGACAACUCGAGUGUGGGCGAGAUUGUAUAUAACAACUCAGACUUUUUUAUGGACUACAUCAUUCCAGAUCUUGCAGCAGGAACUCAAUACUUCAUCAGAGUUGGUGCAUGCACCCUAGGAGGUUGCACCUUGAGCAAGCCCAGCACCGUGACUACGGAGGAGAGUGCCCCAGAGAGAGUCCCUGACCCAGAGAUUUCCUCCCCCUCCCCACACUCCCUCAUCAUUACAUGGGACAUUCCAGGGCUCCCAAAUGGCCAUAUAAUAUCAUAUCAUCUCUACCAUAAUGAAGUCAAGGUAUACAGUGGUCUGACUCGAUCCUACACAAUAGAGAACUUGGCCCCCUACAGUCUUCAGGCUGUGAGGGUGUCAGCUUGUACCGUCAGAGGGUGUGGAUCUAGUGAGAUGGUGAAGGGGCGGACAAUGGAAGCCCCUCCCACUGGUUACAUUGUGAUGAAUGCAGAGGUCGUGGAUGCUAGAACUAUCAAAGUUUACUGGAAUGCACCAGCUGAGGCCAAUGGAGUCAUGUACUAUGAUAUUUUUGCUGAGGGGGAAUUUUAUGCUGAUAGAGACUCCAACAACUACACUCUGGUACAGGAGAGGAGAAGCUUGUUCCAUGGCCUUAAUGUUUCGGAGUGGAUUGAGGUGUUUCCACUUAUCCCCCUGUCAAAGUUUGUUGUCCAGGUCAAUGCUUCCAACACAGCUGGUUUCAUCCUUAGUAAUACCCUUUCAAUGGACAUGCCCCCAGGAACGCCUGAUGGAGUUAUGCCCCCUGAUUUGGUAUCAGAGACACCCACAUCUAUGAAGGUAACCUGGCAGCCAGUAGGAAGAACUAAUUCUUAUGAGCAGCCUCAGUAUAUCCUACAGUUCAGAGAUCUCAUCAACAAUGGAACCACAAUUUAUGAUAUAUUUGGACCUACAACAACUUUCCUUCACACAAAGCAAAACUUGGUUCCUUUCACACCAUAUGAAUUCAGGGUUGUGGCAAAGAAUACACAUGGAGAAACCAAAUCAAGCUGGAGUAAACAGACCACACGUCAAGACAAGCCAAGAAGUAUAGAUCCUCCCCUGAUCACGUCUAUCGGUUCUCGCCAUGUGGAUAUAGUAUGGCAGCCACCCCUGGUACCUAAUGGUGUGGUGAUGGAGUACAGAGUUUAUCAAAAUGAUCAUCUUAUUGCUGCUGUUGAUGGUGUGACAACUAAGAGAAGGAUGGACACUUUGAGACCCUUCACUUCAUACAUCUUCAAUGUAGAAGCCUGUACAUCAGGGGGGUGUCAAAAAAGUUCAAGUUCCACUACUGUCAGGACCUUACAGGAUGUUCCAGAAGAUCUUGCACCCCCAGGACUGCUCUCACUGACCCCCACCUCAGUUCAAGUGGACUGGGAACCUCCUGGAAACCCCAAUGGUUUGAUUUCACAUUAUCAAAUUGAGCGUCGUGUGAAUGGAACUUCCAACAUCACCGUGGUCACAAAGAUUCUUCCUGAUGCCAAGCAGCAGUAUGUGGAUGACAUGUCUGAAUUAUCUCCCUUUAUGGUGUAUGAUUAUAGAAUUAUAGUGGUCAAUGGAGCAGGGAGUCUAACCUCAGAAUGGAACACCACCAUCACAAAGUCAUCUAAACCCACAGGUGUGAUGCCUCCUGUUGUAAAAGUAAACAGCCCGUCCUCUCUAACGCUGUCUUGGGAUAAACCAGUGAGAGCAAAUGGCAUCCUGGAGUACUACAUUAUACGUCUGAAUGAGGAGCAGCAUGAAAUAAGAAACAUCAGUGUACAGAGUCUGAGAGUGGACACACUACAACCAUACACUAACUACUCAGUGACACUCACUGUGUGUUCAGAUGGGGGAUGUACAGAGAGUGCCACUAUCUCAGUUCAAACCCAGGCAACUAUUCCUGAGGGUCAGAAUCCUCCCAUCCCCACCCCCAUAUCUCAGAAUCUGAUCACUGUGACAUGGGAAAAUCCCCAGAGGGCCAAUGGACCAAACGUUCACUUUGAGCUAAUGAGAAAGAUGCUUCGCCAACCAUUAGAAGAGACAAUUAUAAAUCCCUCCUGGCUUAGCAUUUACUCGGGAACUUCCCAUUACUUUGAGGACAGGGGCCUGUCAUUAUUUACUACAUACAUCUACAAGGUGACCGUGUACAACAGUGUAGGUCAGCUGACCAGCAAAGAUUCAGUGGAGGCCACUACUUAUGGAGGAUUUCCCAGGCAGGCUGCAGUCAUUAAUGUUUUACCUAUGAAUCAUGUGACAUUACAGGUCUCAUGGGUUACUCCAGAUGUGGUAGAACUCCAGGGCUCUGUGACAGAGUUCACCCUGAAAGCUUACAGUGAGAGACACAAUGUGACAGAAUUCUAUGACCCGGGGACCAGCAGUGUCCUGGUCAAGAAUCUCCACCCGAACACUCUGUACACUGUCUAUCUGACCAUCACAAUACAUGGAGGACAGUCCAUUACAAGCGAUCCAAUGUCAGCCAAAACGUUAGAUGGAGCUCCACUGGGAAUGGCAGCUCCAAUGAUUUUUGUUGUCAGUGAUACAAUUCUUAGAGUAACCUGGUCAGAACCAGAGACACCAAAUGGAGAGGUCACAGGAUACUAUAUCUACCUCAAUGACAGAAGAUUCAGUACUAACUCAGCCAAGGCAGGCUCCUUCAUUCUCACUGACCUCCUACCAUAUACUGUCUACAGGAUUCAGAUGGAAGUUUGCACUACCUAUGAUUGUACGAGGAGUCCGGAGAUCAGAGUCACCACCAGGGAAUCCUUGCCACAAGGUGUGGUACCACCUAAAGUGGUUCCUCUUUCCCCCACUGAGAUCAACAUCACAUGGAUCGAACCCACCAAACCAAACGGGAUCAUCCUUAGAUAUGACUUGAACAGGAGAACAAUUGUUCCUUGUACAUCCAUUCCGCCCAGCACAGUUUAUCCAGAGCACACAAAGUGUACAUACCUGGAAUGUAGCAUUCACCAGAAAAUCUGUGGGUCUGUCUGUUACAGUGGACCAAAGGUUUGCUGUGAUGGAGUGAUACACACCAGUAAGCCAGACUUUGAAUGUUGUGGGAAGUCCUACUUGUACAAAUCUUCUGCUGAUGCAGUUUGUUGUGGAGAGAAGUUCCAUACACCUAUAAACAAUUACACCUGUUGUGGCACUAGGUAUUUAGAAGUCUUACCAGAACGUACCUGCUGUGAGGAUGACAAUGAAGACCGUGUCAGUGUGGGUCUGGGAAACUCUUGUUGUGGGGACAUUCCAUACCUCAACAACAGUGCCCAAAUGUGCUGUGAUGGUGAGCUUCAUGCUGCUCUGGAUCAAGUCUGCUGUGGUGGGCAGGUCUAUGAGGGUCGUGUGAUCUGCUGUGGUGACCAUGUGACAGGAAGUGCCUACCAGAUUCAGCCUGGGAUGAUGUGUUGUGGACAGGACUAUGUUUUGACCAAUAAGAGUCUGUGCUGCACUAGUGACACGGGACACCAACAGGCUUUUGUGUAUGGCAGUGCCCUGGAGAAGACUGCUGCCAAUGAAGUGUGCUGUGGAUUAAACAAGAUCUCUAAAGGACUCGGUUGUUGUAAUUAUCAAGGAUACAAUCCCUACACUCAUGUCUGUGCUGAUUUCUCCAGCAUGGAAAAUGGUUGUGGUGUUGGAAAAACUUGCAACAUGGCCGAUUCUAACACUUCAUUCUGUGACCGCUGCAAUUUCAACAAGAACUCCCUUAUUUGUGGUUCAUGGAGUGGCAGUCACAUGACCUCUACACCAAAAGCAGAGCCCUCUGGUGACUGCAUGCUAAGAGAGGAGACUGUAUUCAGUGGAUUAAAUGACGCAUUCAUAGAUAACAACUUACAGCCAUACUCUGUAUAUGAAUACGUACUGGAAGUUGUGAACAGUGCAGGAGGUACUGGCAGCAGUGUGGUAAAAACAAGGACUUUGGCAGCUGCCCCCAGUGGAGUAGUUCCCCCUGCAGCUACUGUGGACCCCUCCCAAGUCUAUGUCAUUUAUCUCACUUGGGACAUGCCACAGAGACCAAAUGGGGAGAUAGCCCAUUUUAUCCUUUACCGUGAUGGCCUGGAGCUCUAUAGGGGCCCUAAUUUUGAGUUUACUGAUGACAAGGCUAUUCUACCAUACCAGUCCUAUGUCUACAAGCUUACAGUUUGUAACGAUGCAGGCUGCACAGACAGUCAAGAAGUGAUGGUAGCAACAGCUGAGGGUGUCCCCGAGAGAAUGGAUCCUCCCGUUCUCCUCCAGAUCCAGUCCGAGAGUGCUGAGGUAUCCUGGAAACCUCCAUCCAAACCUAAUGGUAUUAUCACCCACUACAUUCUCUCAGUGUCAGAUGGGCGGACCAUUAGAACCAUGCAGUUGUCAAUCAUACUUAGAGGCAUGAAGCCCUAUACCAACUACAGUGUUCGUAUUGAAGUCUGCACAAGAGUGGGUUGCACUAGCAGUAAGGAGGUCUCUUUUCAAACCCUACAUGCUUUACCGGAAGGUGUUCUUCCCCCAAGGAUUGUCGCUCUCACCACUUCUUCAGUCCUGAUUUUCUGGGAUCCUCCACUGUCCAUUAAUGGCCUCCUCAAGUUUUACUCUGUGAUGAGAAUCUCGUUCAGAGGAGCUAAAAAUGUGUAUUUUGGUAAGGGCUUGUCCUCAUCCGACUCUGGACUGGUGCCUGGAAGUACAUACAGUUACUACCUGAUAGUGGGGACAAGUGAAGGGAACACCAGCAGUGCCAUUAAAUCAGUAUCCAUGCCAACAAAUAUCCCUGACAACAUUCCAGCCCUGAAAACGGUCACUGUACAGAGCAGUUCCCAGAUCUUUAUGGAGUGGGAUCCAAUCGUCACAUCCUCUGGAACCAUUGAUCAGUAUGGUGUUAUACUCAAUGCUGGACAACCAACGGAGAUUGAGAAGAGAGUCGGUCUAAAUUUUUCCACUGUAGUCACUGGAUUGAAACCUCAUUUUGAAUAUGACGUUCGAUUGGUUGCUUGCUUGGCUGGUGAACCCAAUGCAUGUGGUAUAGGGGCUGGGACGAAGGUUACAACUGAAGAGGCCCCACCCUCUGACAUGCAGCCACCAAUUUUGACAGCAAAAGGCCCAAACAUGGUAGACAUAAAAUGGACACCUCCACUCUUUCCUAAUGGUGAUAUUAUCCAGUAUUUGAUUUAUUACCGGAAAUUGGGUUCUCUCAUUGAAUUCUUGAUCAACAGAGUGGAGCCUGAGAUUCUACAGAUCACCCAUGCUGGGAAUGACCUCAAACCAUACACCCGGUAUCAGUACAAAGUUGUGGCUGGGAACAAGAAAGGGGAUGCCUCUAGUGGUUGGGCUUUGGUUCGAACUCUUGAGGCACCACCCAUAGGACUAAAACGACCAGAUAUCAGUGCCACCAGUGCUUUUGGUUUCAUGAUUCAAUGGAGUCCUCCUACAAAUCCUAAUGGGGUUAUUUUGGAGUACAGAGUUGUACACAAAGAAAUAAAAAUAAGUCCAGGGAAUCACACAGUGGAGUAUCUGUCUAUUUCUCCAGAUAUCUUUAAGACAUUGAUUAGUGGACUGAAACCUUAUUCAAACUAUGAGGUUCAUUUACAAGUUCUUAACAAAGCUGGAAAUGCUUCUUCAGAAACAGUUAUUGUACAAACAGAUCAGUCUUCUCCAGCCGGUAUGCCUGUUGUAAAAGCUGAGAAAAUUGCUUCUGGUACUGCUUUGAUUUUAAGUUGGGAUCCGCCAGCCAAGCCAAAUGGAAUUAUUUCUAUAUAUAGACUGUACGAACUUGGUUCAUUAGUAGCUCUCUUUCAAGGUAUCAAUCGUGAGUUUGAAAUGAGGAGACUUCAGCCUUUUACAAUGUACACAGUCCAGCUUGAGGCUUGUACAAAGGCAGGUUGUACCAAAGGUGUGUUUCAGAACUUCUUAACUGCAGAAGCUGCCCCCACAAAUCAGCCAACACCCAAACCAUUGGAAGUUAAUGCCACAUCAGCCAUGAUUUCUUGGGCAAGACCUCUUGAACCUAAUGGAGUUAUUUUAAUGUAUGAAGUACUGAGGCGUGAGCAGAAAAGACUGACAAAGAGAGAACUCUCCAAUCCUGUUGUUGUAUAUUCUACAAAUGAUACUCUCAGCUCCUCCUUUACAUACACUGAUGUGGGUCUACACCCUUACACUGAGUAUCAGUACAGUGUCAGAUCAACCAAUGCCAUCAGUUCAGUUCAAAGUCCAUGGCAAACUAUCUUUACUGAACAGGCUCCACCCCAAGGAGUGGCUUCUCCUAUUGUAAAGUAUAUCCCUGAUGUGAUUGACAGCUUAAAGAUAACUUGGACUCCUCCCUCUGAGGCUAAUGGAGUAAUCCAGAGUUAUCAGUUACAAAGAAAUGAUAGUGUGCCACUCAGUUUUGACAAAAGUGACAAGUUCGAGUAUGUGGACACAAACUUGCUUCCCUAUACAUUUUAUAGUUACAAAAUAAUUGUUUGCACUGCAGGUGGAUGUACCACAAGCACUCCAACCAUAAUAAGAACAGUAGAAUCUCCACCAGUAAAAGUAGAACCUCCUAAUCUCGAGGCCAUUAGCUCCUCUGCCAUAAAAGCUACAUGGGCACCCUUAAGUCAAGAAAGUGGCCAAGUCACAAAGUAUCAACUUACAAUGGAUGGGAAUAGUGUCUACAGUGGACUCAGCACUGAGCAUACUCAAACAGGACUCACGCCAUACAAAUUAUACUCAUUCUCUCUAAUAAUCUGCACUCGAGGUGGAUGUACACAAAGUGGAGAAGUGAGUGGGAGGCCACUGGAUGAUGCUCCCUCUGGUUUACAGAAGCCCACACUAAAUGUCCUCAGUUCUCAGUCAAUAGAAGUGAUGUGGAAAGCUCCAUUGAAUCCACACGGGAUCAUCACCUCUUAUGAUGUCAGAAGAGAUGGAGCAUUGAUCUACACACAAAGUCUCUCCAUUUCAGGAAAUCUGGUGACCACCUUUACAGACUAUGGACUGAGUCCUGGAACAAGUUAUUCCUAUGUUGUAAUAGCAAGAAAUAGGAAGGGGAGUGUGGAAAGUCCAUCUGCUAUUGCCACAACCUAUUCUUCUUCUCCAGCUGGUCUUAGUCCUCCUGUUCUAAAGCCUUUGUCCUCCACUUCAAUACAGGCUUCCUGGGAUCAGCCUGCAAAACCAAAUGGACAAAUUCAGAACUACACCCUCUUAUUGGAUGGACAAGUUAUCUACACUGGAGGAGCCUCUAUGCUCAGUUACACCGUACCUGGUCUUCUUUUCUGGACAGAGUACACCUUCAGGGUGCAGGCUUGCACCAGCAGGGGAUGUGAGCUUAGUGAGGGGUCUAAGGCCAGGACCCUGGAAGCAGUCCCAGAGGAACAGCCCACCCCAUCUCUACUGGCCCUGGCAGAUGACAAAGGGGUGCAUGCUGGAGUUUUGGUGACAUGGGACCCACCUCUGAAGCCAAAUGGAGUCAUUAUACAGUACAGAGUGUAUAGGAGGAAACCAGUAUCAGAAAUUAUAGGCGUGUCUUACACAGGGAGGGUAUCAGUAUACAAUGGUACUAAAACAAGAACUAGUGAUUUCAACACAUUACCUUUCACAACAUAUCAGUACAUGGUGAUGUCACUCAACAGUGUAGGUGGGACAGAGAGUGAGUGGUCCAGUGUUAGCACAAAGGAGGCCCCACCCACUGGACUCAGCCCACCUGUUGUUCAGAGUAAAACACACCAGAUGAUAACUGUUCAAUUGAGUCCCCCUACAAACCCCAAUGGAGUCAUCAUCAUGUACAGUAUUAUUGUUAAUGGAACAGUGAGAAGCAGUGGUAACAUCCUUGUGCACACUGUUGGACAAACAAACUCUCUCCUGCCAUUCACCUGGUACUCUCUCCAGGGGCGAGCCUGUACCCAAGGGGGAUGUACUGACACUCAAGCCAUCCUGGUCCAGACCAAAGCUGCUAAACCUGUGGGACAGGAUCCUGUCCUGGUCAGCUUUGCCAAUAGUACUACACUCCAGGUGACAUGGAACUACCCCAGGGAACCCAAUGGAGAAAUCAUUAAAUUUGUACUGAAGCAAAGGUCUAGUUGCCCUUUGACCUGGCAGCCAUUUACCACUUCCUGUGUUCUUGGUGAGGUAGUGCGCGUGCACGAAGGCCUGGUUCUUGAGCGGACAAUCAGGGGGUUACACCCCUACACUGCUUACGAUUUUCAGGUUCUGUCUUUUAACAGUGCUGGAGGGGUAGAAGAUGUGAGCUGGACUAGAGCGGAAACUCUACAAACAAAUCCAGUGUACAUAAGGUAUCCUCACCACUCCAGGAAUGGGAGCCAAGUGUAUAUUGACUGGACUGAUAGUUUUGAGCUGAAUGGCAAACUGCGAGAAUUUGUCCUGGUCAUUAAUGACCAGGUAACAUUCCGUGGUGUAGGAUUCAACAGUUUUCUAGAUGAAGAAACCUCUAAAAAGGACAUAAUGUUUUCCAUCACUGCCGUGACUGAGGUAGGACAGGCAGCAUCUCCUGCCAUAGAGAUUCAGUCUCCAGAAACCAUAGCCAGGAUUACACAAACUCAGACAACAUCUGAGGAGUUUUACAAGGAGGUGUGGUUUAUGGCACUGAUGAUUGUGAUUGGCCUGAUCCUCCUCUUGGUCACGGUUGUCCUGUGUAUGAGGUGUGUCCUGUCGUCCAGACCAUACAUACGUGAAAAGUCCCCCCUCAGAAAGAGAAGGGGAAAAUCCAGGGAGGGGUACUCAGACGAAGACACUUCCAGUGGGAGUGUAUUUGGAACUGAGAUGUCACGUCAGUUGUAUGGUAGGCGGGGCCAUGUUAACCCUGCUCACUCCUACGAGUUUGACUUCACCUCAUCUUCAGCCAGCCCUAACUAUGAUGAUGAUGAUGAUGAUGGAGAUGACUUUAUUAAUGAUGAUGACUUCUUCUGGAAAAGAACACUGGACAGUGGAUUGGUUGGAACAGUGUCCUUUUAUUUGGAAAUGGCUACCUCGAAUGUUGAUUACUACGCUCGACAAAAAGAAUUGCAAGAUGUCAUCCAUGAACAAGAAAGGAAGCGAGAACAACUAGAACGACAGCUUCAAUUAUUAUGCAGGAAAGACGAUAGACUAGCAAAGCUUAGAGCAAGCAAGCUUCAAGCUUACUGGAAAAGAGUAUGCGAGGAUCAACGGAGAAGUCAACAAAGAAACCAAAAUAUCAUACGGGAAUUCUCUCGCAUUGACUCCCAUCUCACGACUGUGUCUGCUAAAACAGAAAGGCUACGAUUGUUAAAGAAACAAUAUGAGGAAUACAUAGAGAGGACAUACCCUCUCUGGAAAGAACGAGUCAGUGGGAAGGGAAGAGAAGGCUUGGUACAGGAGCAUGUGUCCCCUCAACAGAUUCCAAGAGAUGAGUACUUUGAUACUGGAAUGGAGGGUGACCCAAUGUCACAUCGCUCGUAUUACAUGGAGGGCCCAGAGGAACAUGGGAGAGGACCAACCAUGACCCCUACCAAACCUACCUCAGGCAUGAAGGAGGCAUCUGAUUAUGCAAAUCUAAAAGAAGUGAACAAGAAAGACCAAUCACAAGCAAGACAGGUUAAUCAAGGUGAAAGGGAGCAAGAGACAAUGGACAGGCACAGAGAAGUGCAGGCCUCUAGAAUAUCCUCAUCCUCACAACUUCCUCGAACUGCCCCCUCGGGAUCUCAAGUCCCUCCCUCCCCUCAAAAUAUGAGACAGGCAGAAUCCUCCCCACAAAUGUUACGAUCCUCUCAGAUCUCUACACAGCAGGUGCCCCCUGCUGAUGUCAGUGCAGAAGAGAUGGAGGAAAUGAUGUCACAACCCAUACAGAGUGUGACAGUCAAAGGCAUUGAGGGGAGACCAUUAGAACCAAGGAAUACUGAGUCACCAGGAGGUAUUUCUCAUUCAUCAGGAGGUAUGGACCCAGGUCAGGAUGAGGAAGAUAGUGAAUUUGGGUCAGAGGUGGAUCUCCCUGUGGCUGAUGAGCACCACCCACCAGCUCCUCAACAGGUGGCUCCAGACAACAUAUCAGAGCAAAGCUCACCUGAUGAAGAGGUGGCACCACCAAUCAAAGCAUCUGUACAGCCCAAACGGGACAGACUUGCUCCAACACCUGAGUUGACAGUCCAUGGUCUGAUAAAGCUGUUGAAGUUUAUUCAGUCAGAUUUUCAGCAUGCCUUGUCUUUAGAAGGAUACUAUAGAUCUCAUCCAGCAUCUCCAGCAGACAGGCAGAACAUAAUACAGAGGGCAAACACUGGAUCAGAUCUCUCAGGAUUGGACAGUGAGCUGGUCUCCAUGGUGAUACUGGAGCAGAUGACUUUGGUCAUUAGAAGUUUGAGAACUCCAUGUCUGUUGCCAGACUCCAUUUUGAUGGGGAAUAUUGACACUAUAAGCCAAACUCAGAUCAGGGUGAUGUUAAGAGAUGAUGCCCAGCCUCUGUGGGAUAGCCUGUUUGAACACUUAGUCCAGCUAGUCAUUUGUAAGGUCAUGACCCCUAAUGAAGUUGCAGCUGUGUUUGUGCCAUGUAUGGUCUCUGAUAAAUCUCCAUACCAAGAUAAGGCAUUUGAGCUUCUGAUGAAGUUGUUGAGGAGUCAGGUGGAUGGGAAGCCAGAUAUGGGGUCCCCCAGGGAUGGAAUGGACAGUCUAACUAGUAGAAAUAUCUCAGGAGCUGAGAUAGGGCCAGAUGGUAAAGUAACAGUUCCGCCCCUGAAAUUCCCUGGAAGUUUGAUUGACAGAUCCCAGACUUACAACAGUGAUGAUGAUACAAGUGUUAUCACACAGAGUGUCACAAGCUCAAAGAUCCCCCUCAAUGCUACAGAUGCCUAUAAGAACAUGCUGUCAGGAUCACUGCCCCAGCAACAGCGGCAGGUGAUGACAGAUGACGACGAAGAAGGUGACACAGAUGAUGAUGUCGAAAAACAGUUUGCAUCUGCCUUGUCUCCCAGAGAACAAAAUGUUGCAGCAACUAUACCCACUGGUACUUCAAAAAUGAUGGAACCAGAUGUUUUGUCAGAUGAAAGUUCUACUGUGGCCUCUCCCCUCUAUGUCCCAACUGCUGUGACAGCAAGUAAACCUACAAAGACAGGCAUGACAACACCCAGGUCUACAGGGCUCUCCCAGUCUGGCCCAAGACGACCAGGAAUACAAUUCCAGUCUGACCUUGACACGGAUACAGAAAUAGACAUCCUCCAGAAAAAAGAGGGUGACAAAGACAAAGAAGACGAAGAUUUUUACGAUUUUUAUGGAUAAUGCAAACUGUUACCUUGUUGUUAGAAUAUCAUAGUAACAUUAACUUGUUAUUUUAUAUAGGACCAAAAAAUCUAGCAGCAGUAAUCAAAUUCAUGCUCAGUGAGAGACCUUUAAUUGUCCAUGUACUUUUCACAAAGAUAUUAUUUUAGUUACUUUGUAACAACUUGUAAAAUAUAAAUGCCAUAAAGAAAAGACAGUAAUUCAAAUUUUUGUUAUG